GCCGAAGGCACGGGCCCGAUGGAGCGGGCCGGGUUGCAGGGGCUGCGCGGCGGCCGCGGCCCGCGGUGGCUACGGCUGGCGCUCGGGCUGGCGCUGCUGCUGGCGGGGCCGCCGUCGGGCCACGCGGGGGCCCCCGAGGCGCCGGAGCUCGCGGUGCCCAGCACAGCGGCCCCAGCCGGGGGCGACCGCUGCCGUGGCUACUACGACGUGAUGGGCCAGUGGGACCCGCCCUUCAACUGCAGCUCGGGCGCCUACAGCUUCUGCUGCGGCACGUGCGGCUACCGCUUCUGCUGCCACGACGGGCCGCGGCGCCUCGACCAGAGCCGUUGCUCCAACUACGACACGCCGGCCUGGGUGCAAACAGGCCGGCCGCCCUCGCGUGCUCGCGACCGCGCGGCGCCCCGGGACCCCGGCCGCGAGCGCAGCCACACCGCCGUCUACGCGGUGUGCGGCGUUGCCGCGCUGCUCGUACUGGUCGGCAUCGGGGCGCGCCUGGGCCUGGAGCGAGCGCACAGCCCGCGCGCGCGGCGCACAGUGACCAGGACACUGACCGAGCUUCUGAAGCAGCCAGACCCCCAGGAGCCACUGCCUCCGCCUCUGGGCCCACCUCUGGGUAGCUGUGUCCAGGUGCAAAUGGGUGAGGGCCUCCCCCGCGGUUCCCCCAAUAGCACAGCUCCAGAUAAGAAACGCCCCAACAACGUGGCCGUAGGGUCGGCGACACCGGGGCCCCCACGCGGCCCCCGGCUGCAGGGUGGCGGCAGCAUGACACUGCAGCCCGACUACUCCAAGUACGCCACCCUCAAGGCAGCGGCGCUCAAGGCAGCAGCCUGUUUCCGCUCCUCCCCGCCCCGCGCUGCCGGCGCUGAGGCCCCGCCCCGUCCCCCGGCAGAGGCCGCCCCGCCGGACUUCUACAGGCGUUUUCCAGCUACCGAGCCCGGCCCGCUGGCGCUCCCUGCACAGACGGCGCGCGCCCAUGAGGACUUGUCUGCUCUGCUCGACGCCUGCCCCUGGGCGCCGCCAGGCUACGCGCCUCCCGUCGGCCCCGUCCCGUCGGGUCACUACAAGGCCUGGAUCUCCGGCCGCCCAGCCCGGCAUGCCCCCCGCGGGCACCUGGCGGCUCAGGCCUCCCCCGCACCCCGGCGGCCCGGCCACACGCCCCGGAGCCAGUUCAGUGUGGAGAAGCUGUCCGAGGCCUUCAGCCCGCAGCCCCGAGGCCUUUAUGGCAGCGCAGCCCGGGGACCCCGCCACCUGAGCACUAACAGCAAAGCCGAGGUCACCGUGUGAAGAUGGGGCUGCCGGCUCUCCUGAGACAUCACAACUCUGGGAGCCCUCCUCUGCCCGAGACCUUCCAUCGUUAGGGCCUGGGACCCAGGUCACGGGCAGGAGGGGCGCUGGCCGUAAGGCCCGCCCUUCAACCUUUCCUAACUGGACUGGGGCCUUGGAACCUGCAGGGAUAAGAUGGGGUCCACUGAUAAAGCUGGUGGUUCUGUGCUGGGGCCCUAGGUCCCGGGUUCCUCCUGUAAAUAAACUCUUUUCUGUGGCUCCCACCCUCGAGAAUAAAGGAGCCCCAGCUUUGUUCUGAGAAGCGUGAUGUCAGAGGCAUUGGUCAUUGACUGGGCAGACGGCAGUCCGGGCACAGGGUGCAGCAUAUGCAAGAGCAGAGGACUGCUCCUGAGAGCUGGCAGGCAAGUGUUCUGGGAGCCAGGGACAAGUGGCUGGAAGGGCGGUCAGGGCUGAAUGCCAGGCUUAAUGUCCACACCAAUGGGAGCCAUGGGGGAGGAAGCAGCUAAGCCCCAGCCGUCCUGAGGAUCAGGCACAGGGGAGAGGGUUCUUGGGAGCCUGGGGCUCCCUGGAGGAACCUUAGCUCCUAAUGGAGGUGAGUUCCCUCCAGCCAGUCACCCACUGUACAGCUUGAGUUGGCUGGACCUUUGCUGAUCCUCACUGACAUGGUCUGGCCCUGGGCCGACCCCUGGCCUGCAGGCCACUUGGUUAGUUUGGCCUUCGGCCACCCCCCUAGUGCGUGUGGGCAGUGGGCCUGGAGGACAGCUGGUGCUUAGGAAGGGGGAGCCUCCUCCAAAUAGCUGCUCUGGGGGGAAAGGGAACGGGAUGCUGGGCCUGGAGUCUUGGCAGUGCCAUCGGGGUACCUGUACUCAAGCUUGGUACUGCCAGCUGCACUCCAGGGCAGGCUCCUGGUAUAUGGCUGGGGCCCAGGGCAUUGCUAGCAGCCUGCAAGCAUUGCGUUACUCUGUGCCAAGCACUGUUGGGGUAUUGAGGGGUGGGUUGUGCUCCUAAUUGUGUAAUCACAACAAAGCCACCCAGUUAGUUGGGCCUCAGUUUCCCUCCCAAGUGCCCUAGACAUAAUACAAUGUUUUAAUAACAAUAGCAACCAUUUGUUGCUGUUUCUUUCACUUAAUCCUCACAAAAUCCCCAUGGAUAUGUGGCUUUACAGAUGAGGAGAUUGAGGUUUUGCGACCUCAGUAAUUUGCCAAGGUCACCGAGCUGACUCCAGUGUAGGACUCAUGUACUCUGCUGCCACUGUGAAUCUGAUGGUGAAAUGGCAAGCAGCAGGCAGUCUGGGGGAGGAGAGAAGGUUAUGAACAUGUGUUUUGGCAGGACUGGAUUCCUAUUCCCAGGGUACAGGCAUCUAACCUUCCUCCUGCUGGCAGGGUUGCCCUGGAGGCCCGAAUUUCACCAUUCUUCAUCUGUAGAAGGGUCCACCUUGCUGUCUUGUGGCACUUGAGGAAACCAAGAUCCAGAAACCCCAGGCCAGAUCUCAGAGCCCAUGGUGCUGCCUGCAGCGAGGCUCCCCAUGGCUU